AAUUAUCUUAUUGGAAGAAUUGACUCGUAAACAAAUUCGGUAACGUCACUGAUUUGAAAGUAUUGAAAGUUAAAUUCAAUGAUUUAGAUUAGAAAUGGUUAGAGUAUUCGAAAAACUGAGAAAUUUUGAUGCAUAUCCAAAACCUUUAGAUGAUGCACAAGUUCGAACCUAUUCAGGCGCAGCAAUAUCAAUUGUAAGUCUAACAUUAAUGUUUAUUUUAUUCUUCAUUGAGUUCAUGGACUAUAUGACUCCAAAUAUCUCUGAGGAAUUAUUUGUAGACACAUCAAGAAGUCCUAACAUACAAAUAAAUCUUGAUGUUAUUGUUCCACAAGUUUCCUGCGAUUUUUUAGCACUGGAUGCAAUGGACUCAUCUGGUGAACAGCACUUAGAGAUUGACCAUAAUAUUUAUAAGAGAAGUUUAGAUUUGAAUGGUCAACCUAUUGAUACUCCUAAGAAAGAAGACAUCACAAUCAAAAAUAAAAACGAAGUAGCAGUGGUGAAUGAAACUAAAUGUGGCAGUUGUUAUGGAGCUGCACUUGAUCCUAAUAGAUGCUGCAACACCUGUAAUGACGUAAGAUCUGCAUAUAGGGAACGACAAUGGGCUUUUCCAGUCAAUCCUGAAAAUAUAACACAAUGCAAAGAUGAAAAAAUAGAUGAAAAGUUGAAAGCAGCCUUCAAGCAAGGGUGUCAGAUUUAUGGUACAAUUGUUGUGAACAGGGUCAGUGGUAGUUUUCACAUAGCACCAGGAAAAAGUUUCAGUAUAAAUCAUGUGCAUGUUCAUGAUGUGCAACCUUUUUCGUCAACAGAGUUUAAUACUACACAUAAAAUAAGACAUUUGACUUUCGGAGAAAGGAUCAUGAGCGAAACUCACGAUCCAUUGAAGGAUACCAUGGGAGUUGCAGAGGAAGGUGCUACCAUGUUUCAGUACUAUAUUAAAAUAGUUCCAACACAAUACUCUAAUAAAAAGGGGGAAGUUAUUAAUUCAAAUCAAUUUUCGGUUACCAAGCAUAAAAAAGUAAUUUCUAUAAUGAAUGGUGAAUCUGGAAUGCCUGGAAUUUUUUUCCAAUAUGAACUUUCUCCCUUGAUGGUAAAAUACACAGAAAAAGAAAGAUCUUUAGGACACUUUUUAACAAAUCUUUGUGCUAUCAUUGGUGGUAUUUUUACAGUUGCUGGUCUAAUUGAUACAUUUUUCUUCCACACAGUAAAACUCAUAGAAAAGAAAUUUGAACUGGGGAAAUUGCACUGACCUACAAUUUAUACUUGAUCCGCAAUCAAAAUAUGUUUUUCAAAAUUCAGUUUUAAUUCGUUAAUUCAAUUUCUUUUUUCAAUUAUGUUGUAGCCAUCCAAUUGAAAAGCGGCGAAGUUAAAUCAUUCUCACUGAUCACGAAAUUUUUGUUGGAGAAAUUUGUUUGAAAGAAACUAAAAAGUAAUCAAAUUCAUGUUUUGUUAAAAUGCUAGUCAAUAAUGAAAGUUCAAGUGAUAUGUUUGAUUUCAGUUUCUUCAUAAUAAAACAAAAUGUGAUUCAAACAAUUCAGGACAAUGGCUGCAAUAGUAAUUUUUAUGAUAUAUAAGUAAUAAUAUAUCGAACUGAAAUUUUAGAUCUAAUUAAAUUCAGUAUUUAAGACAAUAAAGAUGAAAAUAUA